AUGCGUUUGCUUUUCAUCUGUCUACUGGUCACCGUGCGUCGCGCUUUCCAUCUACUCUUACUCCCCGCGGUGGACUUUACUCUGGCGCCUAGCAGGUAUAGGACGCUUUUAGUAGAAGAGGGGCGUGUGCGUGGAAAGCUUUCAAUGAACAACGACAUUGCGCGGUCCUCGGCGCAGCGCUUGCUGCCCGACCUCUCGGAGAGUCAAAGGGCCGAGAUUGCUGAGGCGUUUCGCAUACUGGACGUGGACGGGACGGAAACGAUCACACCCAAUGAUCUGAAGGUGGUUCUUCGCGCCCUCGGGUACGAGCCGCAGAAGGACGCCAUCAAAGAGCUCGUGGCGGAGAUGGACAAAAGCGGUGUCUCGAGCAACCUUAUCCUCCCCGAGUUCGAGGCCAUCAUGAAGGGGAAGUUUUUCGCCGAAGACAGCGAGGAGGUGCUUCUUUCCUUUCCCCACUUCACCAAGGGCAACUCCGAUUACAUCACCCUCGAUGACCUAAAGCGUGUGGCAGAGGAGGUUGGAGAGGACAUGCCGGAGGAUGUCCUUAAGGCAAUGAUUAAGGAAGCUGACGUUGUCGACCAUGACCAGCGCGUGUCAAAGGAGGAGUUCCUCCGCAUGCUGCUGCCACCCAAAGACAGAUAA